ACUCACAUAGGCGCGCGCACGCACAGGAAAACGACUCUCGAGACGCACGACGUGCACGCGCAUCUGUCAACGGCGCGCGACUGAAGUCUCAGAAAAACGGCGCUGUUUGUUUGUUAGUCGUUUGUUUGUUUAUGGAAUAUGUGUAAAGGCUCCCGCGCGGUCGGCUUGUUUGAGUGAAAGCGGUGCAGAGUUUGAGGGAAAUGUUUUCUCGGAAGAAGAAGGAACUUUCUAAAACGCCUUCGGUUUUGAAGAAGCCUCAGUCAGGAAGCGCAGGAGCGGUGUGCACCUCGCUCUCGGUUGUCCAGGAGCAGCCUCAGAAAGACUUUAUCGAUGGAGCAUCUGUGCUGCCAGUGCUAGAUUUGGGGAGUCUGCACUCCUGUCCCGGGACUCCCUCUGUCGUCCACGGUAAGCUCGCGCCAUCGUCCGCUGCUAACCUCAAGCGAUCGACAGGACUUAGCCGCCAUGCCAGCGCUGCAGGUUUUCCAUUUCAGACCGCCGGAACUUGGGGCUUCAGCAGGAACCAAACGAAGAGCUCUGAGAGUGUGGAGGGCAUCGCCAUCGACGUGGAGGACAUCCCACCUUUACUGAGGGACGUGGCACGCUUCGCAGAGGCUGUGGAGAAGCUAAAGGAUGUGGUGCUGUGUGAAGAUAAAGAGUCUCGGAGGGCAGUAGCGCACGAGUAUUUAGGUGAAGUGCUGCGCAUCCUGAGGCAGGUGAUCAGCACUUACCCUUUACUCAACACCGUGGAAACACUCACCGCCGCCGGUCGGCUCAUCUCACAGGUUAAAGGCUUCAGUUAUGAAGGCAGCAAUGAGGCACAGAAGAAGGACUUUGAAAAAGCCAUCGAGACCAUCGCCGUCGCCUUCAGCAGCAACGUAUCUGAGCUGCUGAUGGGUGAAGUGGACAGCAGUACCCUCCUGUCUCUGCCUCCUACUGAAAAGAGCAGGUCUAUGGAGAACUUGUGUAGACUGCACUUGGGACAGAGUGUGGAUGGAGGGAGCCGAUGGAACCACGAGGACUGUAUGAUGAGUGCUGAACAGGUGGAUAUCCUCCUGCAGCACAGUGAAGGAGGAGUGGACUCAGCUUUGGGCUACGCAAAGGCCAUCGCCAAGUACAUGAAAGACAUCAUAAGCUACGUGGAUAAGCGAAUUAUACUCGAGAUGGAGUUUGCAAAAGGUAUUCAGAGGCUGUAUCAAUCAAGCAAGCAGGGCUUCGCACAGACUCCCAUGCCUUUGCUGUCGAUCUAUUCUCUGGCUCUGGAGCAGGACUUAGAGCAGAGUAUGGGGGUGCAGCAGUCCCUAAACAAUGUGCUCACACACUCCUUUCUUCAGCCUCUGACACAGCGUAAACAGGAACAUGAGAAGAAGCGUCGAGAAAUUAAAGAGCUGUGGCAGAGGGCCAAGAGGAAACUGGCAGAUGCCGAGAACAACCUGCGUAAAGCACGCCAGUGGUACCUGACCCGCUGUGAGGAGUACGAAAAGGCCCGACUCGUGGCCAAUAAGGUGGAGGAGGAACACAGCGGAACUGGAAGCGGCUCCACCCACAAGACCCUGGACAGGAAGAGACGACACGAAGAGGAAGCUCGCAACAAGGCAGAGGAGGCAGAGGCCACGUACCGCACUUGCAUUGCUGAUGCCACUACUCAGCAGCAGGAGCUGGAAGACAUCAAGGUGAACGUGCUGAAACAGAUCCAGGACGUCAUCAGACAGAGUGACCAGAUUUUGCGCGCGUGCACCAUAUCGUACUACCAGAUCCUGCACAUGCAGACGGCGGCGCUGCCUGUGCACUAUCAGACGCUGUGCGAGAGCUGUAAGCUUUACGAUCCCGGCCAGCAAUACGCUGCCCACGUGAAGAACCUGCAGCUCAGCACAGAGCGCGUCACCGUGUUCCAGUUCGAACCGUACUCCGCUUCAGGCAUACAUCAUUCUGCUCGCACACGUCAUGACAGCAUCCCCGACGACCAGCAGCAUGGCAACGCAGAGACCCCACCCACCAGCGAACUGGGGAUUUCUGCAGAAGGAGGCGUGGUCAAGACUAGGAGAGAUCGAGCUCAUCAGGCUCAUAAGUCCUGGCCCUCCACUAUCAGUGAUACAGACAGUAUAGGAGGAGGAAGUGGACUGGGUUCUCCUACCACCAGCUCAGGAGAUGUCUCGAAGGCUCCGAGACCGGUGUCAGCCGGAACCCUGUCAUCCAAUGAGGACAUAGAUGAGCAAGAUGGGAAUGUGACAUCUUUUGAACAAAGUAUGAAUGGGAUCGAACCAGAGAUGACCGUGCCCACUGGGCCUUUCCGCAACGUGGGUCUGUCCAAAGCAGCCAAAACACAUCGCUUACGGAAACUGCGUGCUCCAUCCAAGUGCCGUGAGUGUGACAGCUAUGUGUACUUCCAGGGAGCAGAGUGUGAGGAGUGUUUUCUGGCCUGCCAUAAGAAGUGUCUGGAGUCCCUGGCUAUCCAGUGUGGCCACAAAAAGCUGCAGGGCCGGUUACAGCUGUUCGGCCGAGAUUUUUCCCAGGUGCUGCAAGGCGACUCAGAGGGAGUGCCCUUUAUCAUCAAGAAGUGCAUCCAGGAGAUAGAGAGAAGAGCACUCAGGAUGAAGGGAAUAUACCGUGUGAAUGGAGUGAAGACGCGCGUGGAGAAGCUGUGUCAGGCGUUUGAGAAUGGCAAGGAGCUGGUGGAACUUUCUCAAGCAUCUCCACAUGAUAUCAGCAACGUACUCAAACUCUACCUGCGACAGCUGCCCGAACCCGUCAUGCCGUUCCGCAUGUAUAACGAGCUAAUGGGGCUGGCAAAGGCGAGUCUAAACUCUGAGGCCUCAGUAGACGGUGUAAAAGGCCCCGAGUUGCUGGAUCAGGGAGACCAGACCGACCCCAAGGUGCUAAAUCUUGUAGAGAAGCUCAGAGGGCUGUUGAAAGAUCUCCCACCAGGGAACAUCGCCACACUGAAAUACAUAGUACGACACCUCCACAGAGUGGCAGAGUUGGAGGAGGAUAACAAGAUGAGCUGCAGUAAUCUGGGAAUUGUUUUUGGCCCCACACUGAUGAGACCCAAACCUACAGGCGCCACCAUUUCCCUCUCGUCCCUGGUGGACUACCCCCACCAGGCUCGCAUUGUGGAGGCCCUCAUUGUCUUCCAGGAUCACAUCUUUACCGCUUCAGUCUCUUGGCCUAAAUCCUCAUCCUCCCUGACCUUCACCAUUCAGCACCAGGAGAGCACUGAUGCAGAUCCAGAGGUCGAGGAGGAGCCUAGCAGGCUGAUCUCAGAGCAAGACUGUGUUAACUCCGUGGGGUCGUCCGGUUCCCGCGAGCGCUCUUUAGACUCAGACUCUGAGGGAGAGGACACGAGGAAGGUGAGUAAACGGCACAUCCUGGUGAGUCAGGAGAGCGAGACCAGCACGGAGGACGACCAACUAAGCCCCCGAGUGAGCCUGGACCUGAGUACAGUCGUCCCCGAGACCAUCCCCGAGCUGCCCAGUAGCACGGACGACUUCAAAACAGCGGAUACUGAAGAGCUGGUAGACCAGUAAAGAUCAGAAACCACAGUCCAUCCAACCAUUCAUUUAAGAUUGCAAUACUUUUUUGUUUUUAAUAUUACGGAAAAAAUGUUUUAAAAUCGAGUCAUAACACUGGUUAUGUAUUUGAUUAUAUAUUUUAUGUCUUCUUUCUAUUUUAAUGUUUUUGUUGGAAUAUUUAGGCACAUUUCUUUUCUAAUUGGAGUAAAUGUACCAUAAAUGCACAUGAAUUGAAUAGAGGAAGUGACAUAGGUUUAGUGCACUUACUGUCAAAUCAUCAGAGGUCUAAGACUUGGGAGUUAUGCUAAGACUUAAAUUGAUGAAUAUGGGAAAAUGAAAUGAUGAGCACACCAUUAGUACAUAAAACUACUGAAUUUCACUUUUUUCAGAUUUGGAAAAACACCCAUGAAAUCCCAUACAUUCCAAUAACUGUGAUCAUUUUUUCAAAAAAUUACAUUCAACAAGCUUUGUACAUGAAAUCCCUGCAAGAAGUGGCAGAAUAUGAGACUAUGCGUCCAGUAACUUUGUAAAUAUUUAUGAUUUUAUUCAGUAUUUUACUACGUUGGCCAAAUAGCUGGUCACAUUAUAAUUUUGGGUUGUUUAUUAUAAAGCGUAAAACUCGUCUGUCCUCAGGAUUAGUGAUGUUAAAAAGUGCUGACGCUGAAAACUCCUUAGAUAAUGUACAUGACCAGCGCUGUUACUAUAGAAACGAUCCCACUUUAGAAUGGGAAUGUUAAUAAGAGCCUAUUUUUGCCAGCUCUAAUAUAACAGUAGCCAAGAGCUUCUGACCGAACACAUUAACGUUUCAAUGUUCUCAAAUGUAUUCAUUGCCUUUCUGAGUAGUUACUUCGAGUUUACUUCAUAUUAACUUUUAUCAAAGAAGAUCUGUUGAUCUUUCAUGCAGUUUUGUAUGAUAAAUUUUACGUUUUAUUAUUGCCGUUUUUAAGCGUAUUUAAGUGCCAGUUUGUAGCUUUUUAUUUUAUUUUACCCAAAUUGACUUUUACUUGUGCUUUUUUUUCUAACCAAAUUUGCCUCCAUUUUCAUGAAUGUCCCCUUUUCUGCAUAUGUCAUGAGGUUAAAAUGUCUCCUAAUGGCUGAAGGACAAGGUUAAAGCGCUCUGCGUGCACUAGUAGUAUAAACGAGCAGAUCGUGGAACAUCUUUGACGGUCGUAGCGAGACGUGUUAAUAGCAAGAGAAAGUUCACAGUUCCAUUAGAACAAGAAUGAAAAGAUUUGUCAUCUUUACUACUGAAACUACAGUGCUGUACAGAUCAAUAUUAAUCUAGAUCAUUACAUCAAUAUUUUUUAUAGUAAAUUAUAUUUUGAUGUUAUGUUACGCCACUAAUUGUAAUAUUUUCUUUAACAUUUCAUUCACCUCACUGACCCGAGUAGGGAAGUUACUGGUUAUGCUAAUAUAAUAAUAAUAAUAAUAAUGGUUUUGCUGUUAAAGAGGAGGAAAUGAUUGUGCUGUGGUCUCCCACAGGAGACUGAAUGAUACAUGGAGUAUAUUAUACAGAGUUACAACAGCGGACUGCAGGUCAGUGUGCUAAUGUAAAUAUCUUUAUUGACUUCGUAGUGGCCAUGAGUUAAAGUCGUAUUUUAUCUAAAUAAUAGCUUUAGAUUUUCUCUUUUUUUUACUUCCUCUUUCAUGUAUAUCGGUUUACAUGUAAAAGGAUCUGAGUAUUAUUCAUUCCAGUUUGAUUUCAACUGAUGAGCACCUAAAGUGGAAACGUCAGGUUUCACUACUUUACAGUGAACGAAUGAGAGCGGAGACUAAAACAAACCUGUUUUAUACUCCAAGACUAAAACAAAAGAACUUUUUUUUUUUUCUACGCUUGUUUUACAAUUGUCUCAAGGUUUGCCUGUGGUUUUUAAUACAAGAUAUUUUCAUUUUUGUUCCUGUACUGUCUUUGGAUUGAAAAAAAUAAGAAUGUAGCUCUAUAUAAUUUUGUCAACCCAAAAAAGCUUGAAUGAACAUUAUGUACAAGCCAUAUGAUGAAUCCCUUAUCUAUAUUUUAUAUAUAUAGGGGAGGGAGAGCGAGUCAUUUUCCUGAAAUUAAUCAAAAAGUUUGGUACUCUGGAAACAAAUAAUAAAAAAAAAGGAACAAGAAA